AUGUCUAAAUCAAGAUGUUCGGUUUUCAUCUUGGUCCUUCACCUUCUGGAAGGAGCCUUGAGCAACUCACUUAUUCAGUUGAAUAAUAAUGGUUAUGAGGGCAUUGUCAUUGCCAUUGACCAUAACGUACCUGAAGAUGAAACACUCAUUCAACAUAUAAAGGACAUGGUGACUCAAGCAUCUCCAUAUAUGUUUGAAGCUACAGGAAAAAGAUUCUUUUUCAAAAGUGUUGCUAUUUUGAUUCCUGAAACAUGGAAAUCAAAGCCUGAGUAUAUGAGACCAAAACUGGAGACCUAUAAAAAUGCUGACAUUCUAGUAGCUGAACCCAAUGUCCCAGGGGAUGAUGGACCUUAUACUGAGCAGAUGGGAAACUGUGGAGAGAAGGGGGAAAGGAUUCAUUUCACACCUGAAUUCCUAACAGGAAAAAAGUUGCAGCAGUAUGGACCACAAGGAAGGGCAUUUGUCCAUGAGUGGGCUCAUCUGCGAUGGGGAGUAUUUGAAGAGUACAACAAUGACCAGAAAUUCUACUUAUCCAAAAGAAAAAUCAAGCCAGUAAUGUGCUCAGAAAAAUUUCAUGGUGAAAACAUAGCAUUAAAAUGUCAGGGAGGAAGCUGUAUCCCUUCAUCAUGCAGAAUCGACAAAAACACAGGGGUGUUUACAAAAGAAUGUGAGUUCAUCCUUGAUGAGGAUCAGACUGAGAAAGUUUCCAUCAUGUUUGCUCAAGAUAUUUCAUCUGUGACUGAAUUCUGUACCCAAAAAAACCACAACAAGGAAUCCCCAAACCUUCAAAAUCAAAAAUGCAAUCUCCGAAGCACCUGGGAAGUGAUUCAAGAGUCAGAAGACUUUAAGAAAACCACCCCUAUGGCAACCCAGCCACCCAAUCCCAUCUUCUCAUUGCUGCAGACUGGACAAAGAAUUGUGUGUUUAGUUCUCGAUAAGUCUGGAAGCAUGGGGGGUGGUGACCGCCUCCAAAGACUGAAUCAAGCAGGCAAGCUUUUCCUGCUGCAGACGGUUGAGCAAGGGUCCUGGGUUGGGAUGGUGACCUUUGACAGCGUGGCUUCUGUACAAAGUGAACUCCUACAGAUAAACAGUAAAACUGAAAGGGACAAACUCGCAAAAAGCUUACCUACAGUGGCCACGGGAGGAACAUCCAUUUGCUCCGGGCUUCGAUCAGCAUUUACUGUGAUUAGGAAGAGAUACCCAACAGAUGGAUCUGAAAUUAUCUUGCUGACUGAUGGGGAAGACAACACCAUCAGUGCAUGCUUUAAAGAGGUGAAGCAAAGUGGCGCCAUCGUCCACACUGUUGCCUUGGGACCCUCUGCAGCAAAAGAGCUGGAGGAAUUAUCCAAAAUGACAGGAGGUUUACAGACCUAUGCUUCAGAUAUGAUUCAGAAUAAUGGCCUCAUUGACGCCUUUGGAGCCCUUUCAUCAGGAAAUGUAGCUGACACCCAGCGUUCCAUCCAGCUUGAGAGUAAAGGGUUGACUCUCCAGAACGCUGAAUGGAUGAAUGGAACUGUAACUGUGGACAGCACUGUGGGAAAGGACACCGCAUUUCUCAUCACUUGGACAACAAACACUCCCCAGAUCUUUCUCUUGGAUCCCAGUGGAAAGAAACAAGAAGGUUUUGUAGUAGACACAAAUACCAAAAUGGCCUACCUUCAAAUCCCAGGAACUGCCAAGGUUGGUGUUUGGCGUUAUAGUCUACAAGCAACUUCACAGACCCUGACUUUGACCGUCACCUCCCGUGCAUCUAGUCCUACUUUGCCUCCAGUUACAGUGACCUCUAAGAUGAACAAAGACACAGGCAAAUUCCCUAACCCUAUGAUAGUUUAUGCAAAGAUUCACCAAGGAGCCAUGCCUAUUCUCAGAGCCAGCGUCACAGCACUCAUAGAAUCAGCGAAUGGAAAAACAGUCACUUUGGAAUUAUUGGACAAUGGAGCAGGUGCUGAUGCUACUAAAAAUGAUGGUGUCUAUUCGAGGUAUUUCAUGGCUUAUGAUGAAAAUGGCAGAUACAGUGUAAAAGUGCGGGCCCUGGGAGGGGUGAAUGCAGCCAAAGGAAGUGUGAUGCCCAAGCAGAAUGGAGCUAGGUAUAAAGCUGGUUGGAUUAAGAAUGGUGAAAUAAAAUUGAAUCCGCCUAGACCUGAAAUUAAUAAGGAUGAUCCUCAAGAAAAGCAAGUGUGUUUCAGUAGAACAACCUCAGGGGGCUCGUUUCUGACCUCCGAUAUUCCGAAGGCCCCCAUACCUGAUCUCUUUCCCCCUUGCCGAAUCACUGACCUGAAGGCGAAAAUCCAAGGGGACAAUCUUAUUAACCUGACGUGGACAGCUCCGGGAGAUGAUUACGAUUAUGGAAGAGCUCAGAAGUACAUCAUUGGGAUAAGUACAGAUAUUCUUGACCUCAGAGACAAGUUCAACAACUCACUUAAAGUGAAUACUACUGAUCUUAUACCAAAUGAAGCCAACUCUGAGGAAGUCUUUGUGUUUCAGCCUGAAGACAUUGCUUUUGAAAAUGGCACAGAUCUCUUUAUUGCUAUUCAGGCUGUUGAUAAGGUCAACCUGAAGUCGGACAUUUCCAACAUAGCACAAGUAUCUUUGUUUAUCCCUCCACCGACUCCUCCAGAGACACCCAGUCCUUUUCCUACUCCUGAUAUUUGUGUCAACAGCACCAUUCCUGGAAUUCACAUUUUAAAAAUUAUGUGGAAGUGGCUGGGAGAGCUGCAAGUGUCCUUGGGGUGA